AUGUGCGCAACUACCACGGAUGAAGAUAAAAAAGCCUUUGCUCAACACCUUCAAAAAACCUUCCCGGAUCUAGAGCGCGACAGUAAUAGUUCUGCAGACAAUGACAUUCGCGUCCAGUCCAAUUUCUUCAUCGUGCUUGGUCGCCGCGCGGGUUCUAUAUUCAAGGAUGCAUCGAUGUGGCUUGACAAACUUGAAGCGGCAAAUCUCGAUUCCUUGAAGGAAAUUCAAUGUCCUUGCUCAAAAUUUCGCUCUUAUGCGUUCCUCCUUGACCUCAUUGUUGAACCGGAAAACUCUGGAAAGCUGGAACAGAAUGUUAGUCAAACGGUCGAGGAGGAAUAUGAGGGGAAAGAAGUUGGUUCCAUGAUUUCUGGCGAGUCUGGUAGUGAAUAUAGUAACCAACGUGGACGAUCCAACUCACGCGACGCAAUGCACAGAGAGAAAGAACUUUGUCAUAGCCGGAGCCGAAAUUCUGAAUCUGAAGAACGAAAACAUCUCACAACAGAUUUGAUACCACGAAUGAAAGUAAUGACUGAGGCAGACUAUUUACGAUAUCGUGAUACCGAGGAACUACGCGAUCUGGAGAAGGAUAUAAGCGAGCUGGAAGGUGACAAUGAGUAUAUGGAAAGGGAAAUGAGAGAUAUUGAGAACGAACAUGGAUAUGAAGGAAGGUAUAGGGAAAGAGAUGCAAAUGGAGAUUAUGCAACUAGUCCGGAUAGCAGAAUGUUCCGGAGAGGUGACGAUAGUAGUGAUGUCAGCUCAAUGAGCUCUAUGCUUUCUGUACUUCAUGAAUCGCCAGAGGAAAGCUAA